UGAUAACCUCGCGAGCCGCCACCACCGACCACGGGCCUCGUCGAUCAGACUCUAGUGAGCACUCCGCCCUUCUGACGUGCCACCAUAAUCUAUAAAGCCAGUCGGCGCAAACAAAAGAAACAGUCCGCCUUCGAUCUCCGUCGAUGUUGUUAAUUUAGCAUACACUGAGACACUGACGCGAGAUCGCAUAUUGCGAUGAAUUCAAAACAGUGAACAGUUAAAUAAAAACAAAACAAAUCAGGUUUUGAAUAUCCCUCUCUUUAUAUGCGCUUGCGUGCAAACACAGCUGUGAUUGGUUGAAAUAACGUUCAGGGAAAAGUAAAAACAUGACGAUGAGUGAAACAAAUAGCAGUGCCAGUCGGUCGGCGUGCAAUUGCAAAGGAAGCAUGAUCGUUGUGUCCAACAGGCUACCUUUUAUUUUGAAGAGAAAUGAGAAAACCGGUGAAUUAGAGAGAAAAGCCAGUGCCGGCGGUCUGGUGACAGCGGUCGCGCCGGUGGUCAUCCGGGGCAGUGGGAUAUGGGUGGGAUGGCCCGGGAUACACCUGGACGACCCCAACGAAAAGAUACCCGAGUCCAACCCCAAUGACAAGACGCCCACAGCUGGAUUACUUUCUAAAAAGAUUGUACCUAUUCGUGCAGAACCAAACCUCUUUGAUAGCUACUACAAUGGAUGUUGCAAUGGUACCUUCUGGCCCCUGUUCCAUUCGAUGCCAGACCGAGCUACAUUCAUUGCUGACCAUUGGAAAGCUUACAUUAAAAUCAACGAGGAGUUUGCAGAUAAAACAAUACAUGCAUUGAAUCUACUCAAACAUGAUAAAGAAAAAAAUGGCGCUUCUCCGCCGAUCGUAUGGGUACACGAUUAUCAUUUGAUGUUAGCUGCUAAUUGGAUCAGGCAGCGCGCUGAAGAGAAUGAUAUUAAAUGUAAACUUGCAUUUUUCCUACACAUACCAUUUCCACCGUGGGAUAUCUUUAGACUGUUCCCGUGGUCUGAUGAAGUUUUACAAGGCAUACUUGGUUGUGACAUGGUCGGAUUCCAUAUAACAGAUUACUGCUUAAACUUCAUAGAUUGUUGCCAAAGAAAUUUGGGUUGCCGUGUGGAUAGAAAAAAUCUUCUAGUUGAAUUAGGCGGUCGUACCAUUUGUGUAAGACCUUUGCCUAUUGGAGUACCUUUCGACAGAUUCGUCCAACUGGCACAAAAUGCUAAACCAGUGCUCUCUACAAACCAAAAAGUGAUACUAGGUGUUGAUAGGCUUGAUUAUACCAAAGGAUUAGUGCACAGACUCAAAGCCUUCGAAAGAUUGCUUGAGAAACACCCGGAACAUAUAGAGACAGUCGUUUUACUACAAAUCUCAGUACCUUCGAGAACAGACGUGAAGGAGUAUCAAGAUUUGAAAGAAGAAAUGGACCAACUAGUAGGAAGGAUAAAUGGAAGGUUCACUACUCCCAAUUGGUCACCUAUUAGGUAUAUUUACGGCUGUGUCGGACAAGACGAGCUGGCAGCUUUUUACCGUGAUGCUGCCGUGGCUCUGGUCACACCUCUGCGUGAUGGUAUGAACUUGGUCGCCAAAGAGUUCGUCGCAUGUCAGAUUAACACCCCACCCGGUGUGUUGAUAGUUUCACCCUUCGCUGGGGCGGGAGAGAUGAUGCACGAAGCCCUUAUCUGCAACCCUUACGAACUGGACGAUGCAGCUGAAGUUAUACACAGAGCACUGAUCAUGCCGGAAGAUGAGAGAACAGUUCGAAUGAACAACCUGAGGCGGCGGGAACAACUAAACGACGUGGAUAGUUGGAUGAAGUCUUUCUUGAAAGCUAUGGACUCCCUGGAGGAGGAAGCUGAUGAUAUCGGAGCCACCUCGAUGCAGCCGGUCACUAUAGAUGACUUUGAUGAAUAUCUGUCCAAAUAUAUAGGGUACACGCAGAAACUGGCGCUUAUGCUGGAUUACGACGGUACGUUGGCGCCCAUCGCACCACAUCCGGACCUUGCUACCCUGCCUCUGGAGACCAAGCACACGCUGCAAAGGCUAUCGAACAUGUCUGAUGUUUACAUAGCCGUUAUAUCUGGACGAAACGUUGAUAAUGUGAAGAAUAUGGUCGGCAUUGAAGGCAUUACUUACGCAGGAAACCACGGGCUGGAGAUCCUGCACCCUGAUGGCAGUAAAUUCGUGCACCCCAUGCCAAUGGAGCUACAGGACAAAGUUGUUGAACUGUUGAAGUCCCUUCAAGAACAGGUAUGUAAAGAUGGAGCAUGGGUUGAGAAUAAGGGAGCACUCCUGACAUUCCACUUUCGCGAGACGCCGCUGGCCAAAAGGCCGGCACUCGAGGCCCAGGCAAGGAAACUUAUCGCAGCUGCCGGCUUUACUCCUGCGCCGGCACAUUGUGCCCUCGAGGCGCGCCCUCCUGUUGAAUGGGAUAAAGGUCGAGCUUCCAUUUACAUACUAAGGACAGCCUUCGGUUUGGACUGGAGUGAAAGAAUUAGAGUGAUCUAUGCGGGCGAUGACGUUACGGACGAAGACGCCAUGUUGGCAUUAAAAGGUAUGGCCGCGACAUUCCGCAUCGCAUCAUCAACCAUCAUCAAGACAUCAGCGGAGCGUCGACUUUCAUCAACCGAUUCCGUGCUAGCGAUGCUGAAAUGGGUAGAAAGACAUUUCUCUAGACGCAAACCGCGCGCCAACUCUCUGACAUACAAGAACGCGAGAAAAGCCCGAGACACUCUUCACAUGCAAAUGUCUUAUCACCUGCCGACCAAAUCCUCUCCAAAGCAGUCCCCGCCCCGGACACCUGACGUCAUAUCCGACAAAUCCUCAAGUGGCACAGAGUCCAGCUAAAUAUUUAGGUAUUACCCCACUCUUCCACCAGCACGUAUGCGAUAUAGAUACGCAUAGGUAAAUAUUGCGUAUGUGACGCGUAUUUUUACGUUAGUGGAAACACCUGUGCAGGCAUAGACACGACCAAACCAUGUUCUAUACAUACAUGUAUGGUAACAUAUGUUAUUUUGAAGUUAAAUAUAGUUAUGAAAUUUAUAAAAUAUGGCAAAAUCUAUAUUUAGUUGUCAUAACGGUAGAUUUUGCAGAGGCUUAUGUAUUUUGAAAAGUUUAUUCUGAAACUCAUUAAUUACUAUUCAUAAAACUGAACAAUUUUUGCAUGAAUGGAAAUAUAAAAUGAGUUCAGUGAAUUGUACUAGAUAGUAGGUACAAAAUACAUAACUAGAUACUUCAGUAUUGGCAACAGAUUUAGAUAAAAUAAAUUGAUAUAAUUAUUUA